AAAAAUGCAGCCACAAUAAUUCUUGGAUUUGGUGUAAUGUGCAUUCUUCGAGAGCAACACACAACGAAGUUCAGCAGAGUAAGUACUGCUCAAAUACAAGGAUGAAUGUCCUGAUGAAUUCAUGGUCUAUUGUGCUUCAGCAUUCUCUAAUCGCGGCAUUUAGAAUCGCAUAAGAGUUGCCUGCAGUACUUUAGUAAAACGACUUGUGGGAUUGAUUGUAAUAAUCUAAUAGUAUGAUAGCAUCCUCCAUCUAAUUAAAUUAUUUGGUUGGCGUGUUCUUAAAAAACUAAGAGUGAUGUGAAAUUGAAGUUCAUGGAAUAAUUGAUUGACCCUGAAAAUGAAAUUAGAAGAUCCGCAGCCAACGUGAGCCUAUUAAACUAUCUAUUAGACUAUUAGUGAAAUAUGUGCCAUAGAAUUACCAAGACAAGAAUGGCCAGAUCUAAUUUCUCGGUUGACAACAAACUCAAAGCACACAGACAUUUUAAUUAAGGUGUCAGCCAUCAUGACAUUAGGUUACAUUUGCGAAGCAUUAGUAUGAAUCCGAAUAUCAAUUAGAAAACUCAUCAAUCUUCAGGAAUCUCUGAGAAUGACUCUAAAGUCAUACUAAUGGGAAUUUGCGUAGGAAUGGAUUUGAAUGAGUAGACUUUAGAAAUUAGAUUGACUGCAAUCAAAGCCUUACAGGAUUCAUUAUAUUUUAUGAACAACUUGUUUAAAUAAUAAGUAUUUGCACUCACAUUUAAUUUAGGAAAUCUUUACUUACGUGAAAAAUUUGAUAUUGCAAAAUGCUAUAUGCAACAUUCAGGAAGUCAAACACAAAGCAUUACAAUGUUUGAUUGAUUUUGUUAAACAACUCUUUACAUUUUUACCUGUGUUCAUAACUGAACUCUAUUAGACGACUUAGGUUUCAUUUGAAAAUCAAGGAGAAAUAUCAAUAGCAGCAAUUGAAAUAUGGAACACUAUUUGUGCAGAAAUGAAGGAAGAAAUAAUGUAGAAUGGCAAUCAAUAGACACCUGAAAGUAAUGCAGUAGACUGUUGUGUGUAAUUUUUUAAGAAGAAUUACGAAGGAUUCUUAUUGCCAUUCAUGAGAAAUCUCUUAUUGGAUAGUGGAGAUGUGGAUGAUGAAUAUCAAGGUUUGUCAGUCCCUGAUUCAUCUUGCAAAGGAUUAGCAUUUAUAAUUGAGUUUGCUGGAGUCAACACUUAUGAAUUAGUCAAAAAUUUCAUUUAGAAUACUAUCACGCAUUAAUAAUGGGAAUACAGAAAGGCUAGUGUCAUGGCAUUUGGUGCCUUGGCUGAAGUCCAAACCAAAGAAAUUGAAAUGCUCAUCAAAUCUGCCCUGAGUAGUCUUUUCACUUGUUUGGUUGAUCAACAUUAUAAAGUCAAAAAGGCUACAGCUCAAACAUUGAGUCGAGUUGCUGAGAAUUACCCACAAUGUUUUCAUGGGCAUGAUUAAGCUAAUCAAAUGCUGGCAACCUUAUUGGAUUAACUGAAUAACAAAAUAUCAAUAGUUCAACACUUGAUUUGGGUAUUCGUCUAUCUCACAGAAUAAUUGCAACAAUUUAACAUGAGCAUAUUCUGUAGAGAGAAAUUUACAAUAUUGUAACAUUUGGCAAGCACCUCAGUAAGACCAGAUAUCAAGAAUUCAGAAAUAGCAUUGAUUGAUACAGCCUUCAUGGCUAUUCUUAAUAUUAUUUAUAGUGUUACUGAUACAAAAUAAUGUAAUGACUAUUUGAUCUAAUUCUUUUAACACAUCUAACUAUUAGAGAGUGGUACAUAAGUACCUGCUGAAAUUAAAUUUCAUUUAGAGAUGGGAUUGAUGAGUGCUAUGCAUGGUUGUGUUGUUCGAUUGGAUGACUCAACAACUCCUGAAUCUGUCUUUGAAUCAAUCAUGAAAACUCUGUCGAAUGUAGACUCAAGAGUGAAGAAUGAUUAUUUUUAUGUGCUCUCAGGAAUAGCAUAUGCUUUUAAAAAGAAAUUAUCCAAAUAUUCAUCUUAGUUAAUAGCAGAAUUGAAUAAACCACUUUCUGAACCAGAUGAUAUGGAUAGCUUUAAGACAGCGUUAUUUUGUUUAGCUGAUAUUGCAAGGGCUAUGGAGGAAGAGUUUGUGCCAUAUAUGAACAUUUUAAUUUAUUUCUUUGGUUUGAUUAAGGUAUUAAAAGCAUAUUAACAUUUAGAAUCCAAAUUUCAAUAGAGAAUUAAAGUUACAAGUUUAUAAUGCUAUUGCAGAUAUUAUAUUGGGAUUGAAGGAGAAAUCUUUCCAAUUUCUGGGUGAUCUGAAAGAAAUUCUCAAAUUAGGUUUUGCUGCUAGUAUGGAUUUGACCAAGAGUCAAUAGAAUGUUGAUUAAGAUUAUGCAGAAAGAUUAAAAGAAACAAUGACUUCAUUUUACACUUGUAUUUUACAUGCUUAUUGUGAACCUAAUGUGCCUAACUUUGAUUUGAGAGAUACAGUAGAUUGGUUCAUAAUAUUUUGUACUGAGAUGUGCAAUCUAAAAUUAAAACCUACAAUUGUAUAGACAUAUAAAUUAAAUGAUAGGAAUAUGUUAGAUUGACUUUGUGUUGUAUAUUUGAUUGUUCACAUUUCUUUUAGACAGUACCAGAGACUAAAAUAAAGUUGAAAGACUUCAUUACAAGUGAUUUUGUGAUCGAAUUGAUUAGGAAGAUGAGUUAAUACAAUGAGAAAGAUUAUCAAGAAUGUGUGUCAUUUGCCAAAUAGUUACUAAAUGACGUUUAUGGAUUUUAAUUGAAAUUGUAUUGAAUUUAAAUUAUUUUUAAUAUAU